GGACACAGCUGUACGCCGUUGGGGAAGCCGGGCCAAGAUGGCGACUGUGAGGAAGGCGCUGCCGCGGAGACUGGUGGGCCUGGCGUCCCUCCGGGCUGUCAGCACCUCGUCUCUGGGUACUUUUCCAAGUCGGGUGAAGAUUGUAGAAGUUGGUCCCCGAGAUGGGCUACAAAAUGAAAAGACCGUCGUACCUACUCCAGUGAAAAUCAGGCUGAUAGACAUGCUUUCUGAAGCAGGACUCCCCGUUAUAGAAGCCACCAGCUUCGUGUCUCCCAAGUGGGUUCCUCAGAUGGCUGACCAUGCUGAAGUCUUGAAGGGCAUCCAGAAGUUUCCUGGCAUCAGUUACCCAGUUCUGACCCCAAAUUUGAAAGGCUUCCAGGCAGCGGUUGCUGCUGGAGCCAAGGAAGUGACCAUCUUUGGAGCUGCCUCUGAACUCUUCACCAAGAAGAACAUCAACUGCUCCGUGGAUGAGAGUUUGCAGCGGUUUGACGAAGUCCUGAAGGCAGCUCAGGCUGCGGGAAUCCCUGUGCGGGGGUACGUCUCCUGUGUGCUUGGAUGCCCCUAUGAAGGGAAGAUCUCCCCGGCUAAAGUAGCUGAGGUCUCCAAGAAGAUGUACUCAAUGGGCUGCUAUGAGAUCUCUCUGGGGGACACCAUCGGUGUGGGCACCCCUGGGAUCAUGAAAGACAUGCUGUCUGCUGUCAUGCAGGAGGUGCCCUUGACUGCCCUGGCUGUCCACUGCCAUGACACCUAUGGCCAGGCCCUGGCCAACACUUUGAUGGCCCUGCAGAUGGGCGUGAGUGUGGUGGAUGCUUCCGUGGCAGGACUUGGAGGCUGUCCCUAUGCACAGGGGGCAUCAGGAAACCUGGCCACGGAGGACCUAGUUUACAUGCUGACUGGCUUGGGCAUCGACACGGGUGUGAACCUCCAGAAGCUCCAGGAAGCUGGGACCUUUAUUUGUCAAGCCCUUAACAAGAAAACCAGCUCCAAAGUGGCUCAGGCUACCUGUAAACUGUGAGCCCUCGUGCCUACCCAGAGCCCUGAGGGCUGUGCGGGACUAGGACUGGCACCCAUGGAUGAUGCCCUGAUGGACACUUGGAAAUGGGGAUGAAAUUAAUGAGCAGGUACCUCACGGCCAGCUCUGCACUUAGGACUCUCCUGCAGGAAGAGGCAAGGAACAGGAGCUGCAUGGCCCCAGCCCACCCAGCUAGAUGCCGGCAGGAGUCAGAGGCUUUGGAGGCGGGGGGGGGGGGGGGUCUCCCUUCACCAUGGACCCAUGAGCCCAGAAGUUGGACCCAGUUUCUUGGCUUGGGCUGGUCAUCAGGCCUCAUCUCUGGUGAGAUCUAGGUAUCCCAUUGCACUCAUCUGUGCAGUUGGUCCAAGGGGCCAUUGCGCUGACUUUGUAGGGCGCUGGGGCAAGGAAGAGGGUAUUUGCUGAAGAAGUGAGGGUGAGUUGUGGUGGCCCCUGCCAGCUCCAACGCCUCUGGAAGACCUUUUCUCUGAAGGUGAUUUUUAAAAACAUCCUAUAUAAUUAAAGGUUUAAUGACAGAAACAUUCCACUAUGUGUGUGUGUGAUGAGCGU